UUUUUCUGUCUUCCCCGAGGUGGACCGAUAACGUCAGCGCGUCGCAUCUCUGCUCUUUCGCUCCCCUCCCCCCAGUUCCGCCGGGGAAAACCGAAGAGGUUUCCGAGCCGAGCGGAGGCUAGGAAUGCGGCUGUGGUGGAAUGCACAGCCCCGCCCCUUCCAGGUCCCACCCCCUCAGGGCAGACGCAGCCUAUGAGCGGCCUGAGCUUCGGGAAGCCUCCUUCUGUGUGGCGGGAGACCUUUCCCAGGGAAGCGGUCCUGUAGUUCACUCCCAGCUGGGGCUGCUACUCUCCGGGCCCGCCCCCUAACCCCGCCCCACAUCUCCGCCCCCACCUUCCUCCGCCUCUGCCGCCUCCCCCACCUCCUGCCGAGCUGCUGCUGUGGGCUGACACUCGGGGUUUCGGGCCGCCGGCCGGCCGGCGGCUGUAGGAACAGUUUUGUGUACGCCUCGGAGACCGCGGGUGGGGGGGCGGCGCAGGUCCUGCGCCCCCCAAUGUGAGUGCGGGGAUUUAUUCAGUUAUUGGAGUCACAUUGAUGAAGAGAUAUUGGAGUAGGUGUGGAUAUCAAGCCUGUUGAUUUUACCCGAAGACAGAGCCCAUUUGUUCUCCCUACUGUUCUGAGUGUUCUCAGUGUUAAAGCUGGAAAAAAUUGGGAAAUAAAAGGAACAUGUUAUGAUCUUGAAUAUAUCUUUUGAGGAAAAACAUAAAGUAGCCAAGAUAAAGCAGGAAUGGCAUCUAGAGAGAGGCUUUUUGAACUUUGGAUGCUUUAUUGUAACAAGAAAGAUCCAGACUAUCUGAAACUGUGGUUGGAAAAUUUUGUUUCUAGCUACGAGCAGUUCUUAGAUGUGGACUUUGAGAAGCUGCCUACUAGAGUGGAUGAUGUGCCUCCUGGAAUAUCUCUUCUUCCUGACAAUAUUCUACAGGUUCUAAGAAGCCAGCUACUACAAUGUGUGCAAAAAAUGGCAGAUGGAUUAGAGGACCAACAACAGGCUUUGUCAAUUCUCCUGGUCAAGUUCUUCAUAAUUCUUUGCAGAAACCUGUCUAAUGUGGAAGAAAUUGGGACUUGUUCCUACAUUAAUCAUGUUAUCACCAUGACAACACUCUAUAUUCAACAACUAAAAAGCAAAACAAAAGAGAAAGAUGUGGCGGAUCAGUCUUCUAUUGAAGAAUUUGUAAGACAUGCACUGGCAUUUUGUGAGAGUUUGUAUGAUCCAUAUCGAAAUUGGAGACAUAGAAUUGCGGGAAAGAGCCUUAGUACUGUGGAAAAGAGCAGACAGAAGUACAAACCAGCCUCUCUAACAGUGGAGUUCAUUCCUUUCUUUUACCAGUGUUUCCAGGAAAGUGAACAUCUCAAAGAAAGUCUUAAAUGUUGCCUGUUACAUCUCUUUGGAGCCAUUGUAACAGGUGGACAGAGGAAUGCCCUUCAAGCAAUUUCACCAGCUACUAUGGAAGUCCUUCUUCGAGUUUUGGCUGAUUGUGAUUCCUGGGAUGAUCGGGAUCCUGAGGAAGUGAAUAGGAAGGCAGAACUAACUCUUAAAUGCCUGACAGAAGUGGUACACAUCCUCCUGAUUAGCAGCUCAGACCAGCGACAGGUGGAUACCAGUACCAUUCUGGAGAACUAUUUCAAGUUGCUGAAUUCAGACCAUUCUGCAUUCCCUCCUCAAAGGAGGUCUAGACAGUGGGAGAGCCGGUUCAUUGCACUACAAAUCCAAAUGUUGAAUACCAUCACAGCCAUGUUAGACUGUACAGACAGGCCUGUUCUACAGGCUAUUUUCCUUAAUAGUAAUUGCUUUGAACAUCUUAUUCGACUGCUACAGAAUUGCAAGCUAUUUUUAAAUGCUAACAGUAAGGUGGCAGACAAGAACGAGAAAGAUCUUGCCAACAAAUUACUGACAGAAAUGAAUGAGGACCAGGUAUUUCAAGAACAGUUGGAUUGUUUGGCUAUAUCAACCAUUCAGGCCCUUACAGCAGUGAUGAACAAAUCUCCAGCUGCUAAGGAAGUGUUUAAAGAACGAAUUGGUUAUACACAUAUGUAUGAGGUAUUAAAAUCCCUUGGUCAGCCUUCUUUGGAGUUGCUUAAAGAACUUAUGAAUAUGGCUGUAGAAGGAGACCACACAUCUGUUGGGAUUUUGGGUAUUAGCAACGUCCAGCCUUUAUUGCUGCUCAUCCAGUGGCUUGCAGAACUAGAAUCACAUGAUCUACAGAUAUUUAUCUCUGACUGGAUGAAGCGAAUUUGUUCUCUUAAUAGACAGACUCGAACUACCUGUGUCAAUGCUAACAUGGGUCUCAGGAUCAUUGAUACCCUUUCUUCCCAUUCUUCACUUCAUUGUACUUGUGCUGAGAACUUGAUAGCUCUCCUUGGCUCUUUGGGGAGUCAGUCCAUGAGCUCUGAAGAGCUCCAUAGGUUGUUAAGACUUCUGAGAACAGAUGCAUCCAAGAAGAUCCAUUCUUACACCAUUCCUGUGUUGCGGGGCAUCUUGGCAAUGGCUCGCAAGCAAAGUUUAGAGAGUGCACUGCAAUAUUUUAAUUUGUCUCAUAGCAUGGCAGGUAUUUCUGUACCAUCCAUUCAGAAAUGGCCAGGGUCUGCCUUUUCCUUCAGUGCAUGGCUUUGUCUAGACCAGGAUCAGUUGAAUACUGGAAUCUCCAACAAAGGAGGGAAGAGAAAACAACUGUACAGCUUUUUCACAGCAAGUGGCAUGGGCUUUGAAGCCUUUCUGACUUCUUCUGGAGUAUUGGUGGUGGCAGUGUGCACCAAGAGAGAGUAUGCAACUGUCAUGCUUCCUGACCAUAAUUUCUGUGACUCCCUCUGGCACAACAUAACUAUCGUUCACAUGCCUGGAAAAAGACCGUUUGGUCAGAGCCUGGUCUAUAUCUAUGUCAAUGGACAGCAGAAAGUCUCUGCCCCGCUCAGGUUUCCUGCAAUGAAUGAACCUUUUACUUUCUGUUGUAUUGGCUCAGCUGGACAAAGGACAACCACACCUCCACCAUCCCAAAUCCCAGACCCACCUUUUUCUUCUCCAAUUACCCCUCACCGAACAUCAUUUGGUGGAAUUCUGUCUUCAGCCUCCUGGGGAGGAAAUGCUGAAAAAUCAGAGUUGCUAACCAAAUUAAUUUCAGCUGGGACUCAAGAUAGUGAAUGGGGAUGUCCAACAUCUCUAGAGGGUCAACUUGGGUCAGUAAUCAUCUUCCAUGAAGCACUGCAUCCCCCUCAGGUGAAGUUGUUAUAUUUGGCAGGUCCAAACUGCUUAAAUCCUUGGAAAUCUCCAGAAUUUGAAAUGCCAGAUCUGCCUAGUAAAAUUCUUCUCCACUACACACCAAAGGCCUGCAGAAAUCCUAUUUGCCUUGAUUUAUCAAUCAAUUGUUUUCAUGGAAGAUUAACAGGAAACAAAGUAGUGAACUGGGACAUCAAGGAUAUUAUAAAUUGUAUAGGUGGCUUGAAUGUCCUCUUCCCACUUUUGGAACAAAUCAGUUUUUUUGAUGGACAGACAACUGAAAAAAAUAGGGAGAAUGUCCUUCCUGAGAUGAUGACACCUGUAGAAGGAGACUGGGUAGUAUUAUCUUCCACAAAAGCUUCAGAAUCUAGAAUAGAGAAGAAUUUAAUUGCAAUGUUUGUUUUGGUGGUAAAGCACUUUAUUCAGAGGCACCCUAUCAAUCAAGAAAAUUUCAUUCACUCUCAUGGAGUUGCAAUCCUUGGAGCUUUACUACAGAAGGUUCCAAGCAACUUAAUGGAUGUAAAUGUACUAGUUGCAGUACAAUUACUAAUUGAGCAAGUGUCAAUAGAGAAAAAUGUUCAGCUUCUGCAGCAAAUGUAUAAAUUUUUACUUUUUGAUUUUCGUAUCUGGAAUCGUGGAGAUUUUCCCUUUCGGAUUGGUCACAUACAAUAUAUUUCCACCAUUAUCAAAGAUAGUAGAAGGGCCUUCCGAAAGAAGUAUGGUGUGCAAUUUUUACUGGAUACACUUCGAAUUCAUUAUGGGAGUGGCUGUAAAGAGAGCAGUGAAUUGUCUCCAGAAGAUGUCCAGACAAUAAGGACAUCCUUGUAUGGGUUGAUCAAAUACUUCUUGAGCAAAGGUGCUACUCAGGAAGAAAUACAAAGCAUCAUGGGAUACAUAGCUGUUAUUAAUGAAGAGGAGCAGCUCUUUGGAAUUUUGGAUGUCCUCUUCAGUCUGCUUCAUACCAGUCCAGCACGAGAUCAGCUUUUCUUAUUACUUUUUGAGCCAGGAAAUGCUGAUAUACUCUAUGUCUUGCUGUUAAAUCAGAAAUACUCUGACAGAUUAAGAGAACUGAUAUUUAAGAUUACAGAGCAGAUGCUGAAAUGCACUAAAGUCUAUGAACGUAGUAAACAACGUAUUCGACUUAGAGAUGUUGGUUAUUCAGGACUGGGCCUCCUUCUGACUGAAGUACCAGUUAAUGUUUCUCUUAUUAAAAACCUUUUUAACCAAGUCCUAAAUACAGAUACUGUUGUGAAUUUCAAAGAUUUGUUAGCUGUAAUGUACAUGUCUCAUAAAGUGGAUACACAUGUCAGAGUGCCCAUGUGCAGGAAGGUUUUACAAAUUUUGCAGACCCAACCAGAUGCAGCCCAACAUAUUUCUCAACAAGUAGGAUGGCAAGAGACCUUGGUUAGACUUUUUCUAAAAUUAAAUUUUGUAACUGGAAAUGAACUUAAGCACAACAGGGCUGAUAUUAUGAAGGAAGAAAACAAAAAAAAUGCCCCUGAAGAUCUAAAGAAGCUCUGUGAUGAAAAGGGAGAAGGGGAGAAAUUGAACUCCUUUUACUUAGCUGCUGCAACUUUUGAUCCAUGGUGUUUGGAGGAAAGACAGUCUCUAGACUCUAAUGAUAUCUCAGUAUCAGAAAAUCAAGAACUGUGGCUUAAUGAUUCUUCACAUUUGAGUUUGGAUCUUACUGGGAUUGAUUCACUGGAAUUAAGUGAUAGUGGGAGUCAAAUGCCAGACAGUUUGCCCAGCACACCAUCUCCUAUAGAAUGUUCUUCUAAAGCAUUUUCUGUGCAGCUUGACAAGGAAAGCAGCCUUACAAAUGACAUGGGAUUCAUUGAUGACCUUUCAUUACUUGACAGUCAAGAGAGAUGUGAGGAAGAGCUUCUACAAUUAAUGACAAGCAUUCUGAGUUGUGUUAUGUGGAGAGGACUAGAAAGGACAGAUGAUGCUGCUUGGAUUGAAAGGGGCCAAGUGCUUUCUGCUCUGACUAAACCAGGAAUCUCCAGUGAGCUACUGAGAUCUCCAGAGGAAAUAAAACUGUGUUUGCUACAGAAGAUGUUAGAGUGGGCAGUUACCGAAAACAGAGAGGCAAAAACUAAUCCAGCAACUGCAGAAAAUGCCUUUCGACUUCUGCUCAUCAUACAAGAUUUUCUGCAGACAGAGGGCCUAGUUAACUCAAAUCUGUGGACUGAAAAGCUUUUAGAAGAUAUGAUGCCUCUCUUUGACAGCCUAUCUAUCUGGUAUUCUGAUAGCCCAGAAUGGCUGAAACUUUCUCAAAUUCAAGUCCACUUGCUUCUGGGUUUCAUUGGAACAGAUAAUUUGCAGGUUUGUGCCAUGGCAUCAGCCAAGCUGAAUACACUUCUUCAGACCAAAGUAAUUGAAAAUCAAGCUGAAGCAUGUUACCUAUUAGGGAAAUUGGAACCUAUUCUAAGUCAGUCUAUCAAGGAGCAGACAGAAACCUACUCAUUUCUGAUUCCCCUUUUUCGUACCCUGGUAUCUAAAAUUUAUGAACUACUCUUUAUGAAUUUGCACCUUCCCUCAUUACCUACUGCCAAUGGCAGCCCUUCAUUUUUUGAGGAUUUUCAAGAGUACUGCAAUUCAAAUGAAUGGAAAAUUUACAUUGAGAAAUAUAUCAUGCCCUAUAUGAAGCAAUAUGAAGUCCAGACAUUUGGUGAUGACUGCGAAUCCAUGGCACUUUAUUGGAAGGACUGUUAUGAAGCUCUAAUGGUCAACAUGCAUAAAAGAGAUAGAGAAGGAGGAGAAAGCAAACUCAAAUUUCAGGAUUUUUUUGUGGAACCAUUUAAGAGAAAGGCUCGGCAAGAGAAUUUACGGUAUAAUGGUAUGCUUAAACAACUUAGCAGCCAACACCUAGCCACUUUGAGACAGUGGAAAUCAAUCCAGCUUUAUCUGACAUGUGAAAGAGGUCCUUGGGCUGAAAGGAAACAGAAUAUUAUUCACUGGAAACUUGCUAAUGUGGAAAACUAUUCCCGAAUGAAGCUUAAAUUGGUCCAGAAUUAUAAUUUCAACUCUCAUGAGGAAGCUAGUGCUUUGAGGGACAAUUUAGGUGUCCAACACUCCCAGCUCUCUAAUGAGUCGUUGCUGCUAGAGGCUGUGAAACAAGUGAAGGUCAAUGAUAGGGAAGAGGAUAAAUUAGAUCUUCCUGAAGAAGAUACAACCACCAGAGCAGAUGUGUAUGUAGAUGAGAAAGGAGAACAGAGUCAAAAAGAAAAACUGGUAUUAUCUGAGGAUUGUGAACUAAUUACAGUAAUUGAUGUGAUUCCUGGAAGAUUUGAAGUCACCACUCAACACAUUUACUUCCAUGAUGGUAGCAUUGAAAAAGAAGAUGGAAUAGGUUAUGAUUUCAAGUGGCCUCACCCUCAAAUUCGAGAGAUCCAUCUACGACGGUACAACUUGAGAAGGUCAGCCUUGGAGAUUUUUCUCAUUGAUCAAUCCAACUACUUUCUCAAUUUCAAAAAGGAGGUCAGAAAUAAGGUAUACAGUCGACUCAUAUCAUUUCAUUCUCCAAAUGUUCAUGGAACCAGAUCGCCACAGGAGCUUUUUAAAGCAUCAGGAUUAACACAGAAGUGGAUCAACAGAGAGAUUUCAAAUUUUGACUAUCUCAUUCAAUUAAAUACAAUGGCAGGAAGAACUUAUAAUGACCUUGCCCAAUAUCCUGUGUUUCCUUGGAUUCUAAGGGAUUAUACUUCAGAAGAUUUAGAUCUCAAUAACCCAGCUGUAUUCCGAGACCUCUCUAAGCCUGUUGGGGCAGUAAAUGAUAAGAAUGCUAAAGCUGUGCAAGGAAAAUAUGAAAAUUUUGAGGAUCCGCUGGGGAUUAUUGACAAGUUUCACUAUGGUACUCACUAUUCAAAUCCUGCUGGUGUUAUGCAUUAUCUCAUUCGUGUAGAACCCUUCACCACUCUUCAUAUUCAGCUUCAGAGUGGCAGGUUUGAUUGCGCAGAUCGACAGUUCUAUUCUAUCCCUGCAACCUGGCAGGCCCUCAUGGAUAAUCCAUAUGAUGUGAAAGAGCUUAUUCCUGAGUUCUUCUACUUCCCAGAGUUCUUGGAAAAUCAAAAUCAUUUUAAUUUGGGGCGCUUACAGAUUUCCAAAGAAUUGGUAAAUGAUGUGGUUCUCCCAAAAUGGGCUAAAUCUGCUGAAGAUUUCAUCUAUAAGCAUAGGAAAGCUCUGGAGUCUGAGUAUGUAUCUGCUCAUCUUCAUGAAUGGAUUGAUUUGAUUUUUGGCUAUAAACAAAGGGGCCCGGAUGCAGUGGAAGCACUCAACGUUUUCUACUAUUGUAGUUAUGAAGGAGCAGUAGAUCUUGAUGCCUUAACAGAUGAAAAAGAAAGAAAAGCUUUAGAAGGAAUGAUUAACAAUUUUGGGCAAACACCCUGUCAGCUGUUAAAGGAACCUCACCCUCCAAGAUUAUCAACAGAAGAAGCAGUACAGAGACAGAUUAAAACAGAUACUGCAACUUUGAACCUUUUCCAUCAUCUCCCUGAACUUCACUCAUUUUUUGUAGAGGGUAUCAGUGAUGGUGUUCCACUUGUAAAAGCUAUUGUUCCCAGAAAUCAGCCUCGUUCUUUUAUGACUCAGGGUAGCCCAGAGAUUCUGUUAACAGCAAGCAUGAACUAUGUAAUUGGAACCCAUGGGUGGCUGCCUUAUGACAGAAAUAUUUCUAAUUAUUUUACAUUCAUCAAAGAUCAGACUGUGACAAAUCCUAAAACUCAGCGUGGCAUAAAUGGUCCUUUUGCUCCAGGACUGGAUAUUACUUCUAAGCUCUUUGUAGUGUCACAUGAUGCAAAGUUAUUAUUCAGUGCAGGGCACUGGGACAAUAGCAUUCGAGUAACAUCACUCACCAAAGGCAAAAUGAUUGCCCAGCACAUCAGGCAUAUGGAUAUUGUGACCUGCUUAUCUACUGAUUAUUGUGGAAUACAUUUGAUUUCUGGUUCAAGAGAUACUACAUGUAUGAUAUGGCAGGUAGCACAGCAGGGAGGUAUUCCUGUGGGCUUAGUGCCCAAACCCCUUCAGAUUCUUUAUGGACACACUGAUGAAGUAUCUUGUGUUGGCAUUAGCACUGAACUAGACCUGGCAGUGUCAGGAGCAAGGGAUGGCACUGUGAUUAUUCAUACAGUUCAGAAAGGCCAGUACAUGAAGACUUUACGACCACCAUGUGAGAGUUCUCUCCUGUUGACAAUUCCCAACUUGGCCUUAUCAUGGGAAGGGCAUAUCAUUGUCCAUUCCAGCAUUGAAGAAAAUACCACUCUCAAGGAUAAAAAUGCAUUACAUCUCUUUUCUGUAAAUGGAAAGUAUCUGGGGUCUGAGACUCUUACAGAACAAGUAUCAGAUAUGUGUGUAGCUGGAGAGCACAUCAUAAUGGGCAGCUUGCAAGGGUUCUUGUCCAUCCGAGAUCUCCACAGCUUAAAUCUGAGUAUCUCUCCAUUAUCUAUGAGGCUGCCGAUCUACUGUGUUUCUGUUACCAAAGAACAUAGUCACAUCCUUGUAGGUCUGGAAGAUGGCAAAUUGAUUAUUGUUGGUGUUGGCAAGCCAGCUGAGAUGCGUUCAGGCCAGCUAUCUAGAAAAUUGUGGGGAUCCAGCAAACGACUAAGCCAGAUUUCAGCUGGAGAGACAGAAUAUAACACUCAACAUUCUAAGUGAUUGCUGCUUACACCUGCUGCCAUUGAUCACCAAAACUUGAUUUAUUUUUUGUCACUUUAACCAAAUCUUAAUUUUAUGACUGGUUUUUAAUUUUGAAAAUCAUUGAUAAAUUAUAAAAUGUAUGUAUACUAUAUUUAUAAAGGUAGAGUCUGCCUUCAUUUUUUAAAUUCUUUAACUAGUCCCAGUGAAUUAUUAAAUGGUAUUAAAGCUAUUUCUUAUUCUGUACCAAAGCCAUGAAAAAUGCAAGAGAUUAGACUUAGUACUCAUUCUAUAAUCUUUUGGUUAUAGUCUAUAAACUGUAUAGUCCAGAUUUUACUUCUGAGAAAACUAAGAAAAAUCAAAGAAAAUGAGAUUUAUUUAUUUUGGUUAUAUUUAUCAUUCUAAACAAGAUAAUAUAAGGUACUUAACUAUAUAAAACAGAGUAUUGGAGAUAGUUUUUUACAGAAGCUUUUUAGGCCCUUUUUAAAUUGACUAUAAGCAACUGAAUUAAUUUCUUUUCUGAAACUCUCAGUGAAUUUAGGAAUUCUUCAAGUCUUUUUGUUGCAUUGCUACUGAGUGUUCUGGAGUUAUUUGCAGUUAAGAGUACAAAGAUGAACAAUAAGCCAAAAAAAAAAGUAUCGAUAUUGCUUCAUAACCCUCUUUCAAUGGAAUUCAACUCAUAGAUCUCUGAGAAAUUACUUAGAUGUAUCUUUAUCUUAAAGAAAUAAAGGCCAAGGGGAAAGUAAAUGAACAAGAGGUACAUUUUUUACUUUUAUUUAUUAGUAGCUGAAUAAUUUAAAUAAAAUUUACUUAGCUAAAAUACUGUAUCCACUAUUGACAGUCAGAUCCUUUGGAAUGGAUUUGGAACAUAAUUAUUUGCAUAAUUUCAUAUUAUGUAGGUUUUAUUAUUUCUUAUGUACUAAGCAAAUGUUUUUCCUGAUGUUAUUAGAAGUCAGCAAUGAUGAUUCCAAGUUGUGUUCUAUUUUUAAUUUCCUUUGAUGUAAUUCAUUUCUUAAUUUGAAAAAUGUACACCAUUUAAAAAGCAGUCAGUGAGAUACUAUUCUUUAAAAUAUAAAUAUAUAUGUAUACAUAUACAUAUGUUUCUAUAUAUAGAUCUAACUGAUAUUUGUGAAAACUACUUGGUUUAGGUUUAUGGGCUUAAUUCCCAUUGAUUCCAGUUAAAUGCAGAAAGAUGAAGUAUUUAUGGUUCAAGACUAAUAAGAAAGACUUGAUUUAAUUUUAAAAAGUAAAAGGGGUUAGACACAAUGUCCUUAUAAAACCAUCUUCACACCUUUAAAAUAAUGGAUUGAACAUCUUUGAAACAAUUUUCCAUGGUAUUCCAUAGUUUUUCCUACUUGACUUAAUUAAGUCUGUAUGUGUGAUUGUUUUUAAAGUUUUAUUAAUGCUUUGUUUUUAAAAUCACAGUUCAGUUUUCUUUUGAUUAAAUCUUUUUAUGCUCAAAUAACUUGACUAAUCCAGACAGCAUCUAGUAUUGACCUCUUUAACAACUAUUGAUUGUUGAGAAAAUUUAAAUAAAUGAUUUUAUGCAGCAGUUUUUAAAUAUAUAAGAUGUGAUAGAAAGGAUUGGUCUUAAAGAACAUUACCAAAGAAGAAUGUGUUUCUAUGGUUUAUCUAAAUUUAAAAAUUUUUAAUUAAACACUAGCAAAAUAAGAUAAAACAUGUUUAAGAGUAAUAUAGUGAAAAUAAUUUGAUGUUCCAAGAAUGUGUACAAUAUAUGAGUGUGUAAAUUUAUGUGACAGGCAAAGGAUUAUGCUGAAGUCUGAGAACAAAAAUCAUUAGACAAUCAAGUUUGUUUUGUUUUUAUUUAUUUUAUUCAAUUUUUAAAAACUCUUACCUUCCAUCUUAGAAUCAAUACUGUAUAUUGGUUCCAAGGCAGAAAAGCAGAAAGAGCUAGGCAAUGGGGUUAAGUGACAUGCCCAGAGUCACACAGCUUGGAAGUGUCUGUGGUCACAUUUGAUCCCAGGCCCUCCUGUCUCUAGGCCUGGCUCUUUAUCCAGUGAGCCAGCUAGGUGUUCCAAUUUAUUCAGUUUUAACAACAUUUUCAUUACUAGAACCAUUAGUGAGGUAACACACAAAGUAUGGACAUAUUUUAGUUUUCCCAUUAUUAAGAUUUUAUCAAGCAAGAUUAACUUGAUUAUGUGUCCUAAAUAAACUGAAAAUAAAUUUUAGUUUUGCUAAGCCCAAUCGAAAUUAGAAUUUUUGUUUGAGAUCUGUCUUAAGAUUUUUGAAGAAAGAUUCAUAAAAACAAGCAAAAUUGAGUAUUGAAUAAUAUUACAUUUCAUUUGAAAGUCAGCACCUAUUCAAAAUGCCAUCUCUGAGUAUAUGAUCAGAAUUUACUGGUAUGCUUUGAUUCAGUUUAAAAAUAGUCAUAUUGUACUAAUUUUUUAAAUGGGCAAAUAGUGAAUUUUCUCAGGGUUUCUGUUGAUUUGAGGGUCUUAUUUUGUAUUUUGUAAUGCAAAUGCUAGAGGGUUUGGUCUUAAUAAGAAAUAAAUAUUUAAGGUCUAUUGUAUUCCCAGAAAAGCUUAACAAUAGAAUGCUAGUUUUUCUAUAAUUCUAUUUCUAUCAGAAUUUAAACAGAGGGCCUAAAAAAAUACAAAAUGCAAAUUCAUAAGAUACAAAGGAAAGUUAACAUCACCAAGUUUAAAGUAAGACAUCUUUUCACAAACUAUUUUGGAAUUCUAGGAAAUCUAGAAUUCUAGAUCCACAAAAAUAUAAUUGUAAAUUUUCUGCCCAUGUUACAUCAAUAAAUACAGAAGGAAAGUCAUGUUUAUCUCUAUUGUUUCACAUAAAACAUAAGGAAAAAUAAUGUGUAAAAUCAAAGAGAAGUAACAUAAGCAUUUUAAGCAUUUUGUGUUUCAUGUAAAAACUACUUCUAUAUUAUAUAAAAGGAGUAGCUCAUCUAAUUAGUUGUUUGUUUUGGGUGGGCUAUAUUACUUCUCUGAGCUUCUAUUUCUUCAUGUAAAAUUAGGAAUUUAGAUCUUUUCUGCCAUCAGAAUUCAGAGGCUAUUAUCAAUCAUUUAGGGAAUAGAAUCAGAAUUAGGCUUUGGUAUGGAUACUUAAAAAAAUCUAAAAUAUGGCUAUUUUAAAGUUCUUUUACUAUUACAAUUUUUUUCACCUAUUAAUUCUGAGGUGCAGCCUAAAUUAGUUAUACAAAGGAUAAUCCAAGUUAAAAGCCUACCUCUGACAUUUCAUAUCUUUGCAUCCAUGGGCAUCUUAACCUCUCUGAGCCUCUGGCAAUGGGACUUUUAUUUAUAGAGGAUGAUAGAAUCGUGUUUUUCCAUUUUGAUAUUGAGCUUAUUUCAAGCUAAAAACCUUUUUUAAAGUCCCCCUCCCCCAUUCUCAACCCUUCAGCCAAAUGAUUUGCUGUCAUUUCUUUAUCUAAAAUUGUGGGAACAGGCAGACAGAAGAGGAAAGGGAAGAAUUGGAAGAGAAAUAAGAGUGGCAGGUAGAGAAAUAGUAAAUUUAAAACAAUCUUGAUGAGAAAUAGAGACCAUUUGAAAAUAAGAACAUUAAAAACUGAAAAGAAAAUGGGUUUUAAACUUCAUUUUCAUGUGAAGUUCAUUAUUGCUAUUUUUUCCUCUAAUAACAAGCUAGGUCCAAUUUAUGAAUUAAAAGAAAUCUUCACUUAAUAUGAAUCCAGAUUACUUUUAGUUAUCUUAUACUAUGAAAUUAAUCAUAAGCUAUAAAAUAUCCUCAUUGAAAUCAUGUUUUCCAUAACAAUGCCAGCUUUCUUUAGAAGGGAACAUUAGUGAGGCUUAAUACUUUCUAUCUAGAAAUUAUCUUUGAAAGUAUUAAGAAUUAAACAUAUGCCAUUGUUACAGAUUUUAGAGUCCAGAACUGUCUCAGAUUCUUCUGUUUCAUGAUCAGAGACCUUGUCUUUAUCAUGAAGCAUUUUAUAUUUGCUUUGUCAGACAAGCUGUUGUUGAAAACCUUUCGGAUGAACUUAAGUUCAACUUUAUAGUUUUUGUAUUUAAAAAAAAAAUAGAGUAUGCCAGUACUAGAAUAAUUUCCAAGUAUGUGCCCUAAAACAUAGGAAGAAUUCAAUAUAUACAUACAUUUCUUUGGGGUUUAUUGAUAGAUUAUUGAUUGAUGUAUAAUACAGAAACUAAAUCUCAUUCCUAUUUCUUUAUCCUGUUUAUCACUCCCCAGAUUUUGUUUUAUGCCCCUUUAAAGCAGCCGAAAUGAUCCUUCCUAUUACUAUUCCUCAUUUUGUUCCUCUUCUAUCACUUGUCCCUAAUCUUCUCAUUUGUAAAAUUCAGUGUAGAUAUUACACGAAGGAAAAUGCUUGCCAUUAAGUUUAAUAGAAAACCUUCAAAAAUCUAUCUUUAGUCAAAGAGAGAUUAACUUUUUUUUAAUUUCAAUAUAAAUGGAGGACUUUCUCUAAUUGCUGAAUCUGUACCUCAUCCAAUCAUUUUAAAAGUCUUGUAGACAUCAACUUAUCCAAGAAAUCCAAUUAGCUGAAUAAUAUUUCAUAAACUUUCCCCUCACCUACCAGUAGUUUGGAGUUAAUAAAUUUUUAUAAGCAAUCGCCUUUCCUGCUCCCGUUUUCAAUCAGAAUUCUUACUUGGUCAAUAUCUCAUUUUCUUUAAAAUUGAACCUAAGUUCAGGAUCAUUUUUCACAUUUGCCUAGAUGAGUCCAGAGAAGUCAUUUAACCCCUUCAUUGAUUUCUCAUCUCUAAAGUGAUGUAGUGGGCUUUUAAGAGGUCUAUGAUUACUUCCAAUUCUAUAAUCCCAUGACUCUUCUUUGAAUAGUUAAAAGCCAUGUGUCUUGUAUCUAUAUAUUCUAUAUAUAUCCUAUAUAUAGACCACCCACACCCCCAAAAUAUGUUUUUGAAGUCUUUUUUGAGCUCUUCCCAAAUUGGUAUCCAAUCCAUAUUUUUCUUUUGGAUUUUGCGUGUGUUCACUUUGCUUUCACUGUCCCCUUCUGUGUCUGUUCCUUGCUCUUCAUCUCCAUAAAAAUUCCUUAGUUAGGUGCCUUUUUUGUUGUUUGCUCAUUUUUCCUAACUAAUUAUAGGCAGGCUCUGUUUUGUGAGGUUGUGGUACCCUAUUAAACUUAAGUAAAAAAUUUGUUCUCUAAUGAAACAAAUGUUAACAUAAGAGAAGAUUUAAGUAACAUUUUCUUAGAGUAGGUGUAAUCUUUUCAAAAUUUGCUUUGUGAGCCAGAGGUAAAUUUCCUUUUGUCAGCUGUCUUAUCAUAUAUUUUAUAUCUUUCUUAAUCUACUUCAAAGCUUUCCUGCUUGAAGAUAACAUUUCAUAGAGCAAAGAAUAUGAAAGCCAAGUGCUAUUUGCCUUUACUAGUACUUUGUGAUCAGUAGUAUCUUUAACAUUUUCCACCUAUUUUACAGAACAUCAUAAAAUAUAAUUUUAAGGCGUGUCAGCAUGCUAGGUCUCAAAUAAAGGCAUUAACAGGCCCUAGUAUCAAUUUAUACUCAAAUCACAGGUUAUUUUCUUGCUUUUUAGACUAAAAAUGGAUCACGCCCAAUUUCAUAUACUUUUGAUAAUCAUAACAUCAAGUCCAUUUAUUAGAGGAAAUGGUGUCCUUGGAGAACGUGUUAACACUUGAGAUCUUUAAGCCCUAAACCAAAAAAUAUUAAAUUCACUUGUAUCCUAAUUUUAUCAUGAAAAUUAAAUGACAUACAUCAUAUUUCACCAGUUAUAACUACCAUUUAUUUGUGGAUUGUUGUUUCAGAUAAAGUGUUUGCUUUUUUAAGAAAAAAACAAACUCAUGGUUGGUUUUGCUGACCUGCUUUUUCCCUUCUCCCCCACUUCUAAUUUUGUUGCACAGAAUAUAAAUCCUGAGAGAUUAGGGAUCAUUUCUUUUUUUUGUAUUUGUAACCCCAGCAAUGUGGAACAGUGCCUUGCUCUUAGAAGGUACUUAAUGAAUGGUUGGAGAUUCACUGAAGGUAUGGCAACCUGAAUAGGGGAAGAAGGAAAAAAAGAAAGAGGAACAUAUUGGGGGAUGAAGAUGAUAUAUAAAUCAAAUGGUAGCAACAAAAAUAAGAUGAAAAAAUUAUAACAGAUGCAAAAAACUCUCCCGUAAAGAUGAUUGAUAUACCCAGUGGUUAACUUGGGUCAGAAAGAAAACUUACUCAUGUCCUGUGUGUGUUCUACAUACACAGGAGUAGGGCUUCGAAUUCUUAUGCUAAUUAGCCAAGAUCUAUGAAAUGCUAGAAAAUUAUUCUAAGGAAACAAGAAUAGUGUAUGAAAAAGAAAAUAGUACACAGAAUAGUAUUGUCUUAAGAGAAAAACUAAAUGAGUCUUGAAAAUUCAGAAGAAAAAAUGUUUCUAGCUAUUUAUUGAACAUUUAUUUGCUUUGUGAUUUUUAAAGAUUCUUCCAUGUAAACUCUCAUUCUUUGUUCUCAUAUAUAGAAUUCACAAUGAUGUCUUUAAUAUCAUAUAUAUUGGAUGUUGCUGGAGAUUGCCUAGAGCUGGCAGCUAGUGUUAUUUUUGUACUUCUAAUACCUAGCAUAGUGCUUGGUACACUGUAGGUACUUAAUAUUUGUUGAAUUGAACUGAAUUUUAUUCAAACCACUAGUUUUACAAAUAAGAAAACUAAGGUGCAAGGUUAUAUAGGUAGGAAGUAGCAGGGUCUCCAACUCCAUAUUCAGUUAACCAUAUCUUUCCAGUCAUUAGGUUCAAGUAGUAUUUUUAUUGGAAAUUAUAAAACAUCAUUUUGAUACAUUUGAAAAUUAUAUUCUGGUCUGCCUCUUUCAUACUCACAUACCAUUUUUAUUUUAAUUUGGCUUUUUAAAAAAGUAGGAUGGAGUUAGGAACUUGACCUGUGAUUCUACUGGACUAGAGAAUUCCAUUUUAGAAACUACCAAUGAUAGCACCUUCGAGUCAAAUCAACAAACAUUUGAGCAACUCAUACUAUGUGCCAAGCAUUCUGCUAAGGGCCAAAGAUAGGCAAAAAUAGCCCCAACCCUAAAGGAGUGAAAAAUACAAUAGUAUUAGAGAGAAAGCAAAAAACUAUGUUUUGUGUGUAUAUGUCAUACACAUACACACAGGCAUUAAAUCCUGGAUGUUUCAUUUACAGGUAUUUCCCACACUCUGGUAUUGAAUUUAUACCUUCUAAUUUCUCUUGAUGAUCAUCAGUUAGGUUCUUCCUAAAGGUUAAAUUGCAAUAAAAAUAUUUCCUUUGCCAAGACACUUAAGAAUUUAAGUAUGUCUCAAGUCAGCAGGGGAGACUGGAACUGGAAAUCAAUUUCUCUUAGUCCCCUACCAUAUAGGGACUAAAGACUGUAACAUUGUUUUUCCCUGUGCAGUUUUUACCCUAACAAUUCAACUUCAAAAUUAUGGCACAUCAAGUGCUAAGAAAUCUUCCUGCUUCAAUCUCCUUGUUCUGUUUUUCUUACUUCACUCUUUGAUAGAAAAAUGAUUUUUGAGUCUUAGCACUAGCAAAGGUGGCUUGUGGGAAGUCUUACUAAAGAAAAAAAGACAGUGGCUUGACCACUCCAAGAAGGCAUGACCACUCCAGAGGCAGGAAGAAGACAUGCUUCCCACUUCCCUUACAACAUCUGCUUUCAGAUUUGGGGAGAAAAAAUGUAAUUAGGACUUGGCCACUUUCAUUUUUCUGACUCUUGUAAACACUCCUGUUAAGAGUCACUGCUGUGGGAAUUUGGUAAAAAGUAAGUCCAUGUGGUUCAUUUUAUUUCUGAGUCUUUUGUGAAAUUUCCAUUGCAUUUUCAGGAAGUGGUUUUAGUCCUCCAGGUAGUGAUACCUUGCAUGCAUAUAUCUGUAUAUGUAUGGUCCUGAAUUUCAUCACAUUAUAGUAUUUAGGGAAUAAGCAGUGACUUUUUGUCCAACAUCAUCUUGGAUACUACUGCUGCUUAAUGUGCUAAAUAAAGCAAAUAAGUAAUUUAAAAGUAAUAUAAUUUAAAAUGUGCCUCAAAAUUUGCUUAGUUUCUUGACAUUAGAAAAUUGGGCCAGUAAGCCUUAAAACAUUCUUCAUUGUGCAAAUGUGACAAUGGGUUUUUUUUCCUAUGCCAAAAACAACAAGCCUUUAAAAUCAACCAAGUCUUAACUGGGAUGAUGAGUAUCUCUAAUUUUGAUUAUUCUUUCAUUGAUAAUGGAGUUGCUAUUAAGUGCAAUAUAGUCUUGUGCUUUUAAAGUUGUACAUGAUGUAUUUUUUUGUUGUUAAAUCAAGUGCAUUUCAAUUAUUUUAAAUGUUUGUAUAUGAGCUAUUUGAUUUAUUUCUGUACAGCAUGAUUGAGAUGGUCUAAAAUUUUUGCACUUUUUUAGUCUUAAGUAAUCAAUUUGUAAUCAGUUUCUAAGAAUGCACUUAUUUUGUAUAUAAAAUGGUAAAAUUACCUUUGUAUAUAUCACACACCUGUAUAUACACACACAUAUAUAAAAUAGAUGAGUUUGAAUCAAAUAAAAAAACUAGAUGUUA